AUGACAUACGGGGACCUCUUGCCAUCUCUCAUUGCCAACCAAUUGGCCGUGGUGACUCUGGGAAGGAUCUUCCAGUCUCCUUUCCCGAAAUGGUAUAACCCUAGUGCAACCUGCACAUACCAUGGGGGAACCCUAGGCCACUUAGUCAAACAGUGCAUUGCCUUGAAACACAAGGUCCAAAGUUUGAUAGAAGCCGAAUGGUUGAUGUUUCAAGAAGACGGGCCCAACAUAAAGACAAACCCAUUCCCCAAUCAUGGAAGGGCAGCUGUUAAUGCCAUCGAGGUGUGUACGUCGCACAGGCCCAAACAUUUGAAGGACGUAACGACCUCUAGAAGGUUUAUCUAUGAAGCCAUACAAAAGGCGAGCGUGAUUCCCCGCGGUGGGCACAAGAAGGAUUCUUGUUUAAAGCAUCCGGGUGUGCCGCAUGACAUGGAAACGUGUUCAACGGUAGGAGAUCUAUUACAACAAAUGAUAGACCAAGGCCGACUUGAGGUCAGCAAUGAGGAGGAUGAGGAACAACAUAUAUGCAUGCAGUCGACAGAUAAGGAAGGUCCUAAGAAACCUAAACCCUUGGUAAUACACUUCACCAAGGACACUGCUCCCCAAAGGCCCCGACACCCCUCGGCGGUAUCGGGCGUUAGACCUAUUCCUUUCCCUUACAAGAACAGUCGCGCAGUCCCAUGGAAGUACGCCCUUCUGGGAGACAGGAAGGAAGAAGCUACCGACAUUGGCUCACUGUCGGCCAAAGUAACCAACAUCACCGGCUUGAGCGGCAUAACCCGCAGUGGUCGCGUGUUCGCACCCCCCAACCUGCCAACGCAGCCCACGAACGCUAAAGGGAAAGCAAAGGUGACCAAAGGACAAAACAUCAAGGUGAUCCCCGCACAGGACAAGGAUGUUCCGACGGGGGGAUUUGCCGAGGGAAAAGAGGGCUACGAAAAGAAAGAGGUUUUGAAUGAAGCUCACGUAGCCCAAGACAUCUCUGUAGAAGGCUUUGAGGGGAUUGUCAAUAACAUCACAGCUAACAACUACCUCACCUUCACCGAGGAGGAAAUUCCCGCCGAGGGGAGAGGGCAUAAUAGGGCUUUACAUGUGUCGGUCAAAUGCAUGGAACACAUUAUGGCCAAAGUACUCAUUGACAAUGGCUCAAGCCUAAAUGUGAUGCCCAAGAGCACGUUGGAGAAGUUGUCGUUCAACGCCUCCCACCUGAGGCUGAGUUCCAUGGUGGUUCGUGCCUUCGACGGCAGCCACCGAGAGGUAAGGGGAGAGAUUGACCUCCCAGUACAGAUAGGGCUUCACACCUGCCGAGUUACAUUCCAAGUAAUGGAUAUCAACCUGGCCUAUAGAUUUCUGUUGGGGCGUCCAUGGAUCCACUCAGUGGGGGUCAUCCCCUCUACACUCCACCAAAAGCUAAAGUUUGUAGUGGAAGGACAUUUGGUCAUAGUAUUAGGCGAGGAAGAUGUCCUAGUAAGUUGUUCUUCCUCUAUGCCGUAUGUGGAAGCCGUAGAGGAGUCGUUGGAAACAACUUUCCAAUCCUUUGAGGUGGUAAGCAACGCCUCCGUAGAUUCCCUCCCAAGGCAGCCUCGCCUGUCUGGCGCGGCAAUGAUGGUGGCCCGGGUGAUGUUGGGGCACGACUACGAGCCCGAAAUGGGUUUGGGCAAGGAUAACGGUGGCAGGGCCGACCUAGAAAGGAAGAACAAAGGCCAAGGCCCGCGGUCAGAACAACAAGCCAAAGAGGUUCCACCGUGCCACAUCAGUAGAAGCUUCGUGAGUGCAGGUUUAAAGCACGAAGGACAAGUGGCCGCAAUAUGCGAUGAAGACUCCCUGAGGAGGUCGAAUUUGAUACAGCUAUGCCCUCUCGGCUUCCAGCUAGGGAACUGGCGGGUGGAGGAAUGCCCUGAAGUUUACACAAGAAGCAUAAUGUAA